AUGUUGGUCACGUUUUAUCGACCUUGGGGAACAGAUGCUCCGAACGAACUUCAUGACAGCGCUAAGAAAGACUGGCAACAUCGAAUGAGACUCAGAGCCGAUGCUGCUGCCUCCAGAACAAACGAGAUUCUAGAUGCGCUAGUUCAAGAUGAUCUUCUGGGGUUUGCAGGGCCUAUGACGCCGCCACUUUUAGUCCCCGCGAUGCAGGCGCAUCUGCUUCAUUGCAAGACCGGAGACCCCCUCUCGAAGAGAGUCAGGCUGAACAAGCUCGAAAUGUGCAUGUUGGUCAUGGAAGAGCUUCAAAAAACGUACACUGCAGCCUCGAUCUACGGGGCCGUCUUCACCAAGGCCCUCCAAAUGAUUUUCCCAGGGUACUCGGCCCCUGUGGCACCUUUUAGCUCCACAGCCAAUGCUGCAGCUGCAGCUCCUACUCCUGCAAGCGUGAAUGGUCCUGUCAAUUCUCCUAUGGGGGUGGAUGUCCCUGACUAUACCCAGGGCCAGAUCAACGAGGGCGACUUUGUUGCGGGCGAUGGGAAUCUGAUGGAUGCAUUAAUGGAUGAAGCGUCGAUUUUCAAUUUUUGGGAGACCUGGAAUCAGAUGUAA